AUUAUCUUUACUAACUUACUGUCACUGUCAUCAAAAAUGUAACAGUAAUGUCAAAUAAAUAACCUUCAAAAUUUUAAUUAAAUUUUAACAAAACACAAAUAAAAAUGUUACUCACCCUAGCAAUACCUAAAAAUGUUUACCGUAACUUAGCCGUGUCUCAUAAAUUAUUCCCUGGUGCCAUACAAUGUGCUCAAAGAACGCUAGCAACGUCAGAAAAUACGGAAGCUGUAGACUUGGCUUACGCUUCUUACGAAAGUACAAGCAGUUUGAAAAGUGCAGGACGACCACCUCUAGUCAUAUUACAUGGGUUGUUAGGAUCCAAAAAUAACUGGAACAGCAUGAGCAAGGCUAUCCACAGGACGACAGGUAGGAAGGUCAUAAGUGUGGAUGCAAGAAACCAUGGAGACAGCAGACACGCUUCGCAACACACAUACAUACACAUGGCCCACGACGUAAUGAAGCUUCUCAAGAAACUGGAGCUGUCCAAAGUGUCAAUCCUUGGCCACAGCAUGGGCGGACGCACAGCUAUGGUGCUGUCACUGCUCUGUUCUGACAUGGUAUCAAGUCUUAUUGUGGUGGAUAUUUCGCCUGUGAAGACAAGCCCCCAGAUCUUCUCAAUGGCCAACUUAUUUGAUGCCAUGACGUCAGUAUCAAUACGGCCAGGAAUUGCCAUGUCUAAAGCUAGAAAGUUAGCUGAUGAGCAGUUAAAGAUAAUAACUCCUGAUGUGAAUUUGAGAAACUUCUUGAUUACUAAUUUAGUACAAACAAAUACUGGGUCUUACACUUGGAGAGUGAAUAUCUCAGCUUUGAAGGAUAACUUCCAGUCACAUAUAUCUUGUUUCCCAUCCAAUUUGAGAGGACUUCAAUAUUGUGGGCCUACAUUGUUUGUUGGAGGGUCCUUGUCCGACUACAUUGGAAAAAAUGAUCUAAAAGAAAUUCAAGAAUACUUCCCUUUAGCAGAAUUGGUGUUCAUAGAUGGCGCUGGUCACUGGGUUCAUAGUCAGAAACCAGAGAAGUUCUUAGAGACAGUUUGCAAAUUUUUAAAAGAAAAAUAAGAAACCCCAUUUAUAAUAUACCUACUUACAAAAAUAGUGAACAUUGUGAUCUUUAUAAAUAGUCAUCAAUUUUGGAGUAGUAAAAUUAUUGUUAUUAGUUUUUAUUUACUGUUACACCCCAAUGGGUAAAAAUAAAAUUGUGAUAUAUACAUA